AAUCAUAGCAACCUCAACGCAGGCAAGACAGUGCGCAUGCGCAGUGGUGUCCGCUUUAAAAGAAGACUUGAGGAGGGAACAUGAACACAAUUGCUGGUGGACUUGACUUAUAACGCGGGGGCAGCAUGCUGCGGUUGCACGAUGACCAGCCAUGAGCAUGAGAGCCUCCUCGGGUCCUCAGUCGGGGUCCAAGCAGAACGCUGACAGCGUCCACAGAACAUCCUUUAACGCCGCCACCUUGCGCCCCGUCAGCCUCAAGAGGGAGUCCUGUGGCUUCGUGUUGGACGCCCAGCACUUCCGGCGCGCCGAGACCCCCAGCAAGUCGAAGUGCUUGGAGCAGACUUCCAUGAGCAGCAAAGUCUCGCAAGCACUUCAAGCUGACGCCAAAACCGCGGGGAUACUGUCCCCAGUCAGACCGAUGGGGGGUGAGGGAACCCCGGUGAAAGGUAAACCCCUCUCCGUGGACAGCAUGGAAAACCCGCACAUGGUUUUGAACAAUGCCCCCAAGGACGGCGGCGCCGAGAGCGUCAAGGGAGUCGUCCCGGGGGUUCUCGGCGCCGCGUCCAUCGAGGUCUUGUCCGAGGGCAAGUGGAAGAACAUCAGGAAGAGCCCGGCCAACCCGCACACGCAGGCCAACUGUCUGCGGCAGAUCCUGCUGCUGCAGCUGGACCUCAUCGAGCAGCAGCAACAGCAGCUGCAGUCCAAGGACAAGGAGAUCGAUGAGCUCAAAGCGGACAAAGACACGCUGCUGGCUCGUAUCGAGCGCAUGGAGCGCCGCUUGCAGCUCACCAGGAAGGACACGCCACGCGACAAGCGGCUUUUCCAGCCCCUGGAGCCAUGGACCCCGGACAAGGAGGACAUGUGGGACCUGGACGUAGAGGAAAGUCCACAGCCCAAUCCAUCCGAUCUGCUGCCUUUAAGUCGCAGCAGCAAAGGUCAAAAGAGGAAGUCCUGCUUCGGAGAUCCCAAACUCCAGAAGUCGCGGGGGAAGAGCGCCAAGCUCAGUCAUCAGAAGCCAGACAGUCGGCCGUCUUCUCCGACCCAGCGAGAGCUGCGUAAUAAGGAAACGCCUGAGAAGGGCGCCCCCGCAAGGCUUGUGUGCAAAGAGGAGGCGGAGACGGGCUGUCAGAUGGACGACCUGCCUUUUAUGUCCACCACAGAGAUGUACCUGUGCUGCUGGAACCAACCUCCUCUGUCCCCUCUGCGAAGUGAGACUUCCCCUAAAAAGGAGGAAGAGGUGGCCAAUUCGCAAUCCAUGAUUAACUUCCUUUUCCCGUCUUCGUGCCGCCUCUCAGUUCCGUCUUGGAGGGAAAAUGUCAUGGAGCCGCUGGGUGAGGAUUUAGCCUUUAACCCCCAAGAGCCGCUGGACGACGGCGUCUUUCUGAAGCGGCACGCCAAGCUGGAGCUGGACGAGAAGAGGAGGAAGAGGUGGGACAUCCAGCGAAUCAGAGAGCAGCGCAUGUUUCAGCGUUUGCAGCAGCGCAUGAACAGGAAGAAAAUCAUUCAGGAGACGGAGCCCGAGCUCUCGUCCUUCUACCCGGACACGGAAGAUGUUGAAGCCAUCAUGAUCACGCCCUUCUUGCCCGUGGUGGCGUUUGGCCGGCCCUUGCCCAAACUCUCACAACAGAAUUUCGAUCUGCCCUGGCUGGACGAGCGCAGUCGAUGUCGCAUCGAGGUUCCCAAGAAACACACUCCUCACCGGACGUGUCGCAAGUGAACGUGGGCGCGACGUCGGCGUGCGUGCAAAACUGCUGUCGCUUUCUGCAAGGAAGAGAAGCGCCACGGUCCGGGGUUCGGCAUGGAACAAGAUGUCGACGACUCUCACAGGAAGUUCGACAUCACGUGAGCCAGUAGCGACAGAUGACAUUCUCCACAGUCGCCAGCGAGCGACACACCUCCAACCCCCACUCUGCUUUGGUGAAGAAAAGUCCACACACUGUACCGCCGUGCCACCUCCACGCUCAGCAUACACCCAAAUCCAACCACAUGCUUCCUCCCUCCGGAACAAAUCGACUGGUCCUCAUCUUGGCUCGAAACCCUUCUCUUCCGCUUCUUUCGUUUCGACAUGUGCACGGAUUCCAUUGAGCUGUAAAGCAAUGGCAGCAUGGCUUAACCCUUAAUGGAGCGUCCAGGCUCCUCAUCAAAGGACUUCCUGCACUUCACAGCAUGACGUUCUAACACUUGCUGCAAUCCACAAGGGAGAUCCUGUUUAGAAGUCCCUAGCUAGUAGUGCUAACAGGCUGACACUUAACUUUUCCUUUGUUUGCUUCGCUUUCCCGUCUCUUCAUGCAAGGCCUCUGCAGUCUGAUCGAUACUGUACAAGUGCAUAGAUAGUCCUGUACAUAACUCAAGAAAUGUACAUAAAACAUGGCUGUUAUUUUUUUAUUAUUAUUUAAUGUUGAAAGUGUUGAGUACAUUCAAUACCCCAACGAUUGUAUGUUGACUAAUUGAAAGUUACCUUUUUUUGGAAUAAAACUGACCAUCUCUAUGCUUUAGAA